AACUCUUUUAUGCUGUACCGAUCUGCAUACGCUGAAAGAACGAAGCAGUGGUGCUUGCAGAAUAACCACCAAAUAGUGUCAUCGGUCUCCGGUGAAAGCUGGCCUUUGGAGCCGCCCGAAAUUCGCGAACUGUACAACGAGUACGCCAAGAUUGAAAGGAUGAAUCACCAGCAUGCACAUCCAACGUACAAAUUCUCUCCGAGCAAGACUGCCCCUAUAACACGGAAGCGGAAAGGGGAAUGUUCUGAUAACGAAGAACCCAGCGAUCUCGACGACAGAGAAUGGGGACCAGGAAAUCGCAAAUCUAAAGUGAGAGUGUCGCCUCGACCGGAGAGAGACCUCUCAUAUGCCCCAGACGGGAUGGGUCCAGAGUUCUUCGAUCAAUUUGAUCCGAACGGAAAUGGCAUAAACAAAUCGAUUUGGGACAUGUCAAACGAGGGAAGACUAAUGCCCAUGCCUGUGGCCCAAAGUGACCUAUACAGUCAAUAUUACCAAACGCCUGUUCAUCCAAGCAUGGCCAUGGCGCCAGGGGUUAUGGAACAUCUUAGAAUGCGGAGAAUCGAUACUACCGACACAUCAAUGCAUUUUGCGUCCGGCCAUGCUCUAUUAGGUUUGCCCGGAGGUUAUGCUGCCGAUGGAAUGGAGCAAUUUCACUCCUCGACUGAUACACAUCUUGGGGAGCCACAAGUUGAUCCAAUGCUUUUGGCCUUUGAUGGGGGACACUACUGCCAUGAUGUCGACUCAGCAAUGGCGCAACACCUGCAUCCCGAAUUUCGCAAUGGACAUAUCGGCAUGAUGGAAAGGGAGCUCAACCAGGACAGCGUUCACAGUCUUCUCGGUGGAGGCCCGAACCAAGAUGAUUUCCACUCUGAGCCAUGGCAUCCGGAUCCGACAAUGGCGCCAAUGGAGCAAGGGUCAGAAUUUGAGAAGUGGAUGGAUGAUGACCGUGAUGCAGGGCUUGUGAGGCCAGCAGGCCUUAUGGUUGUAUCAUAUGUACAGAGUGAAGCAGAUGCUCUCUCGUCUCGUGAUAACAAGGCGUUGGCGGUGUAUUGGUAAAGGGAAAUACCCACGUCCUGCCGUGAGUUUGGAGGCAGUUUGACAAGCUUUUCUUUCCUUAUUUUGCGCGAGAAACCGCUUUCUCAAGUAUACAGUCUCUUUAUUAAAGUGGAAGAACAUGCCGCAAACACCGCGAACCCCUGGUGGAAAGACUCAUCCGUUCCUAUCAGAUCCGAAGCGUGGAUGAGCAAUCCCAUUGCUUCGCUCUAGAAUGUGGUGGUUUGUUAAGGAACAUGCUAAAUAUAUUCACAGCAGAAUGAAGCCCAACACUGACAAGCAGAUGGU